AUGGUUCGUCUGAAAAACAGAUACAUUCUGUUUGACAUAUUGUAUCCUCAAGAGAUAGACGACUUUUCAAGAAGCAAAGCAUUGGUGGCCAUGCACAAGUCAACGUCUUCUCAGGUGAAUCCACAGACAAUUCUCAUAGCACUAAGAAACUCUCUGAAACAAAAUUUUGGAGAUCACAUAGCAGGCAUAGCAGGUUCAACUGCCCAGACCAAAUAUUUCAGCAACAAAACAUCCACAGGAAUAAUACGUUGUCCAAGAGACUCUUUUAGAUAUACAUGUGCCGCUCUUUCUUUAAUAACUCACUUGGAAGGCCAAAGGAUAUUGAUCAGAAUAGUCCGAAUAAGCGGAACGAUAAGGACCUGUGAACGGUAUGCUGUGAAGAAAAAUAAGGAAACUUUAACCUUAUUGCAUAAAGAUCACAAUAAUGUGUUGGAUUUAGUAUUUGGAGGAAACCAAAAAAUUCCUUCUUUUGAUACGGAUAAUGACGACGAUGAAUAG